UCUAUUUUUAUUGCUCUCGCUCGCUCGCUCGCUCGCUCUCCCAGUCUCCCUCUCCCUCUCCCUCUCUCUCUCUUCUACCUUCUCCUGGACCUCCUCCCGGCAUCAAACGAGCUCGAUUCGCGUCUCCUUCGCUCCAUGACACAGUAGUUGAGAGAACUCGAAGGAGGGAGAUUCAGUGGCGGCCGCAGAGGGAGAUUUUCAGGCUUGAUUCAUCCAUUAUUAGAAGAUGAAGCCCGCGCCCUCCUCCGAGUUGACAUCGUCUUCGGUUUCCUCGUCCUCUGCUGUGCCGGAUGUUCAGCAAGCGGAGGCCUGGGAAGUAGGGGAGACACGUCAGGCCGCGGCAGGUGCGGCAGCGGAUGAAGCGGCUACGGUAUCGCCGGCAGCUGCGGCUGCUCCGGCGAUGGCGGGUAGGGAGAGCGGUGGUCAGGAGUCUGUGUGGGUGGAGAGACGUGGGGAGCACUCGGCGCUGUGUCGGUGGUCGGUGGCGCAGUUUCCUCGUGCAAAGGCCCGCGCGCUCUGGAGCCGCUACUUUGAGGUUGGGGGCUACGACUGCCGCCUUCUAAUCUACCCAAAGGGCGAUUCCCAGGCCCUACCGGGCUACUUCUCUGUAUACCUUCAGAUCGUCGACCCACGGGGCUCCUCCUCCUCGAAGUGGGACUGCUUCGCCAGUUACCGACUCUCGCUCGUCAACCUCCUAGACGAUUCCAAAUCCAUCACUAGGGACUCGUGGCAUCGGUUCUCCUCCAAAAAGAAGUCCCAUGGCUGGUGCGACUUCACUCCCUCAUCCGCGAUACUCGACCCCCGCGCGGGGUUCCUGUCUCCCCCAUCUGACUCUCUUCUCAUCACCGCCGACAUCCUACUCCUCCAUGAGUCCGUCUCGUUCUCCCGAGACAGUGCCGCUUCCGCAUCCCUUGAGUCCCCUUCCUCCUCUCCUUCCUCCUCGGCGGAUGUACUCAGCGGCAAAUUCACCUGGAAAGUUCACAACUUCGGCCUCUUCCGUGACAUGAUAAAGACACAGAAGAUCAUGAGCCCCGUCUUUCCUGUCGGUGACUGCAACCUCAGAAUCAGCGUGUACCAGAGCUCUGUAUCCGGUGUAGACCACCUCUCCAUGUGUUUGGAGAGCAAGGACACCGAUAAGACCCUCCUCCCUGACCGCAGUUGCUGGUGCCUCUUCCGCAUGUCCGUGUUGAGCCAACGGACCGCUGGAACCAACCAUGUCCACCGCGACUCUUACGGCCGCUUCGCAGCUGAUAGUAAGGGCGGUGACAAUACCAGCCUUGGCUGGAACGAUUUCAUGAGAAUGCCUGAAUUCUUGGAGCAUGAGGCUGGUUACCUUGUUGAUGACACGGCUUUGUUCAGCACUUCCUUCCAUGUUAUCAAGGAGUCGAGUAGCUUCUCUAAGCACCCGGGACUGAUGCUUGGAGGAAGGGUCACUGCAAGGAAGUCAGAUGGCCACUUUGGCAAGUUCACGUGGAGGAUUGAGAAUUUCACUCGGUUGAAGGACCUACUGAAGAAGAGGAAGAUCACUGGACUAUGUGUGAAGAGCAGGAGGUUCCAAAUUGGCAACCGGGACUGUCGCCUCAUAGUUUAUCCCAGGGGUCAAUCACAACCACCAUGCCACCUAUCAGUUUUCCUUGAGGUCACUGACUCUCGAAACACAACCAGUGAUUGGAGUUGCUUUGUGAGUCACCGGCUUUCAGUUGUAAAUCAGAAGAUGGAGGAGAAAUCAUUGACCAAGGAAUCUCAAAAUCGUUAUUCCAAGGCAGCAAAGGAUUGGGGCUGGCGUGAAUUUAUUACCUUAACUAGUCUUUUUGAUCUGGAGUCUGGUUUUCUUAUUCAGGACACCGUUGUGUUCUCAGCUGAGGUUCUUAUAUUGAAGGAAACUUCGAUUAUGCAAGAAUUCUGUGAUGCUGAGUCGUUUUCGUCGGGUAAUUCAGGAAUGAAUUCUUGUUCUCAAAUUGAUGCUAUUACUAAAAGGGGUGCAUUCACCUGGAGGGUCGAGAACUUCCUAUCCUUCAAGGAAAUAAUGGAAACUCGGAAGAUCUUCAGCAAAUUCUUUCAAGCAGGUGGCUGUGAGCUGAGAAUAGGUGUUUAUGAAUCAUUUGAUACAAUAUGCAUAUAUUUGGAGAGUGAUCAAUCAGCUGGUAGUGAUCCUGAUAAAAAUUAUUGGGUUCAGUAUAGAAUGGCUGUGGUUAACCAGAAGAACCCUGCAAAAACUGUGUGGAAAGAAUCUUCUAUAUGUACUAAAACAUGGAAUAAUUCGGUCCUCCAGUUUAUGAAGGUGUCGGAUAUGCUGGAAUCUGAUGCAGGCUUUCUUUUGCGUGACACGGUGGUAUUCGUCUGUGAAAUCACAGAUUUCUGCCCUUGGUUUGAGUUUUCUGAUCUAGAGGUUUUGGCUUCUGAGGAUGAUCAGGAUGCCUUGUCAACUGACCCUGACGAACUAAUAGAGUCUGAAGAUAGUGAAGGCAUUAGUGUUGACGAAGAUGACUUGUUUAGAAAUUUUCUCACCCAAGCUGGUUUUCAUCUCUCUUAUGGAGUUAACCCAUCACAGCCUCAGGUUACGUUAAGAGAAAAGCUUCUAAUGGAUGCAGGUGCAAUUGCUGGAUUUCUUACGGGCUUGCGCAUUUAUCUUGAUGAUCCUGCUAAAAUAAAGCGCAUGCUUCUUCCCACUAAACUAUCUGGAAGUUAUGGUAACAAGAAAGAUGCUGAGGCGGGUGAAGCUGAUACUCCAAGUUUAAUGAAUCUGUUGAUGGGGGUUAAAGUCUUACAACAAGCUAUCAUUGAUUUACUCCUAGAUAUAAUGGUUGAAUGCUGCCAACCCUCAGAAGUAAGAAAUGAUCUUGAUUCUGAAGCUAUUACAAAUCUAGGUUCGGAUUCUAAUGGAGCGUUUUCUCCUAUGGAGAUCUCUGGGGAAAGUGAAGCAACAGAGGAUUCACAGUGUCAUUUGUAUAGAACAAUAGGAUCUGCAGCUGAUGAAUUUGAUCAUUCUCAUGCAGUUCAGAGUUCAGACUUGCAUAUGAUUGGGAUGUCUGACAAAAAUAGCCCUGAGCAGAUUGUAUUUCCUCCAGAAACGGCUGCUGGUGACCUUCCUCCUGACCUUCCUCCUGAUGAUAACUUUCUUCGAGUUCCCAAGACAAAUUGGCUUGAACAAUCUGAGGAGCUUUUAGGAUUGAUCGUCAAUUCAUUAAGAGCGCUUGACAAUCCUGCACCUCAAGGACGCCUUGAACCGAGGAGGCAUCCUCAAUCAGUGCAGAAGAUUGCGAUUGUGCUGGAUAAAGCUCCUAAGCAUCUUCUGCAAGAUUUGGUUGCUCUUGUGCCUAAGUUGGUGGAUUAUUCAGAGCAUUCACUCGCUGCUUAUGCACUUCUAGAUUUUCUUCAGAAGCCAGAUGCUGAGCCUUUGCUACGGGUCCCGGUUUUUGGUGUUCUGUGUCAACUGGAUUUAUGCCCUGAUGUUUGGGAAAAUGUAUUAUUUCAAGCUAUUGAGAUUCUACCAGAUUCGCAUGAUGAAUCCCUUGUGGAAGUGAUUUCCUUUGUAUUCAAAGCUGCAGCUCUGUGCCAGCAUUUUCCUCAAGCUGUCAGAGCUGUACGUUCUAGGCUGAAAAGUCUUGGUGCUGAUGUUGCAUCCUGCGUACUGGAUAUUUUAACGAAAUCUUUACAUACUUGGACUAAUAUAGCUGCACUGUUUUUAAGUGAAAUUGACUCUGAUUCUGAGCCUGAUGGAAGCUGCCUGGCCUCAAAUUGUGGAUAUCUUUCCUGUGCUGUUAACGGACUUCCUCCAGAACCUACAGAUGAAAGGCAGGACCAUAUCAUGCAUGGGUGCCUACAUGCCUGUGAUGUGUACAUAUUGGUUGAGAUCCUAUCUGUCCCUGGUCUAUUUGCUGAAACUUCAGAGAUUUUCGAAAGAGCUUUGCUUAAAGGGACCAUUGGACUGCAAUCGGUGGCCAUGGUUUUAGAAAAACGUCAUUCUCAGAAGUUAGAUGUUAGGCCUAGUCUUGCUGCUGAUGACCCACAUGAAAAAGAAGUUCUGGAAGAUGGAAAUGACGAGCAGUUUUCCAUCCCAGAGGAUGAUUUUGCUUCAAUGCUUUCACUUGGAGGAGUAUUAUCUGUGUCCCAACAUCCCAGAGUUCAGGAUUUUGUGAGGAUGCUAUAUGCUAUAAUGUUUAAAAUAUACUCUGAAGAGCACUAUAGACUUCGGAUGUUGAAAGGGCUUGUAGAUCGUGCCAUUAAUAAUACUUCUGAGAGCUGCCAAGGAUUUGAUAUUGAUAUGGAUGUGUUGGUAUUUCUUGUUAGGGAGGAAGAAGGGAUUGCUAGACCUGUUCUUAACAUGAUGCGAGAGGUUGCUCAGCUUGCGCAGGUUGAUCGUGCAUCUCUUUGGCACCAGUUAUGUGCCACUGAGGAUGAGCUUAUUCGUGCACGAGAAGAAUGGAAACUUGAACAUGAUAAAUUGACUAGGGAAAAUGACGAUUUGAUUCAUAGGUUGAAAGAGUCAGAGGCAAAUAAUUCCAGCCUUAAGAUUGAAAUGAAAGGUGAAUUAGAUCGCUUUGUUUGCAAAAAGAAAGAACUCUCUGAACAGAUAAUUGAUGUUGAAAAUCAACUUGAAUGGAUCAGAUCAGAAAAAGAAGAGGAAAUAAAAAGGUUCUCUGCUGAGCGGAGAGUCCUUCAGGACCGCCUUCAUGAAGCAGAGACACAACUUUUACAGUUGAAAUCUAGGAAACGAGAUGAACUGAAGAGGGUACUUAAGGAGAAGAAUGCAUUAGCCGAAAGGUUAAAGAGUGCAGAAGCUGCACGAAAAAGGUUUGAUGAUGAAUUAAAACGGUUUGCUACAGAGACAGUUAGCCGUGAGGAAGUUAGGCAAGCUCUUGAAGAUGAAGUUAGGAGAUUGACAGAGACUGUUGGACAAAGUGAAGGAGAAAAAAGGGAGAAGGAGGCACAAGUUACUCGAUGUGAAGCUUACAUUGAUGGAAUGGAGGCCAAAUUGCAGGCGUGCCGGCAAUAUAUCCAUACCCUUGAAGUUUCCAUUCAAGAAGAAUUGGCCCGGCACGCCCCGCUUUAUGGUGUGGGCCUUGAUGCCUUAUCAACACAAGAGCUCGAUACACUUGCUCGCAUACAUCAGGAUGGUUUGCGGCAGAUACGCGUUGUCCAACAGCGCAACAAUAGCGCAAACACCCUCGUUAGCGAGCAUGCGCUCCCGCAUCUUCAUGGACUAUAUUCCGCAGCUCCUCAAGUGACCAUUGGCCUCCCGCCCUCCAGCAUCCCAACUGGUGCAGGGGUGCACAACAAUGGUCACACGAGCGGCGCAGUCCGCCCAUGGUUCAAUUCCACAUAAAAGAGGUAAUUCUUGUUUUCGGCAUCCUUAUUUUCAUGGCUUAUAGAUAUUUUUUUUAUCAGCAGCCAAUGUGAUUGUCAUGAUAGAUUUACAUCCCCUGUAGCCAUUCCAGGUCUCUUUUCAUUUGAGCUGGUAGAACUGUGGGAUUUUUAGUAGAUUUCAAUGAAGCUGUGUCAUAUAAAUAAGUUAAGAAGAUAGUAACUCAGCGAUUCAAUAGUGGUACUAUAAUAGUUUUUUUUAGGGUUUGAGGAAAAUCCAAUAGAGCUAUCAGUUGCAAAUGAAAGCAUUGGAAAUGAGAGAUUAUCAGGUAAUUGGGGGAUAAGGGCACGCAUUGUGAAUCUUAUUUGUUAGUCAAGAAAUGAAGAUGCAAUGAUAUUCAGUAUUGAUGAUUUCAGGGAUUUAGAAUGUGUGGCCUUUUGUUUUUUCAAUUC